GCGCAGGCGCACGGCAAAGCUGAGCGGGGACGAUGGCGGCGGUGAAAGUGUUCCCGCUGAAGUGUGCCGUGCAGCAUUAUGCCUGGGGGAAGGUUGGCCUGGAGAGUGAGGUGGCAAAACUCACUUUAUGUGAUGAUCCCUCUGUAGCCAUUGAGCAGGAGAAACCCUAUGCUGAGUUAUGGAUGGGGGCACAUCCCAAAGGGGACGCCAUGAUCUGCGACAACAGAAUUUCCCAGAAGACUCUUGGGGAAUGGAUUGCUGAGCAUCCUGACUGUUUGGGGUCAAAGGUCAAAGAUAUUUUCCAAGGGCAGCUGCCUUUUCUGUUCAAGGUGCUUUCGGUCAACAUCUCGUUAUCUAUUCAAGCUCACCCAAACAAAGAGCUAGCUGUACAACUCCAUGCUCAGUUUCCAGAUCGCUACCCAGAUAAAAAUCACAAACCAGAAAUGGCCAUAGCACUGACUCCAUUUGAAGGGCUGUGCGGUUUUAGACCAGUGGAGGAAAUUAUUGAAUUUUUGAAAAAUGUCCCGGAAUUCCACGCAGUGAUUGGCAAUGAGGCUGCAGAAAUACUUGAAAAUAGUUUGGGUGACUCACACCGGGUAUCUGCUGCUUUGAAGAAGUGCUUUACCAGAAUGAUGAACUGUGAAAAGAAAACCUUUGUUGAUCAGCUGAACAUGUUGGUGAAAAGGGUGUUGCAAGAAGCUGCUGCAGGAAAGGACACUACGGGAAGUAACGGUGAGCUGUUACAACGGUUGCAUUCUCAGUUUCCGGGAGAUGUCGGGUGUUUCAUCAUUUACUUUCUGAACCUUGUGAAUCUGCAACCCGGGGAAGCCAUGUUCCUGGGAGCUAAUGAACCACACGCUUAUCUUUAUGGAGAUUGUAUUGAAUGUAUGGCAUGUUCUGAUAACACAGUGCGAGCUGGACUCACUCCAAAAUUCAUUGACGUUCAGACCCUUUGUGAAAUGCUCAAUUACGCACCGGCGCCAGCGAAUGCGAAGAUCUUCCCGUCCAUUCCGGAUCCUUGUGAUCCAUAUGUGUUUGUGUAUGAUCCUCCAGUGCCUGAUUUCACAGUGAUAAAAAUAGAGGUUCCAAGUUCGGUGAAACGGUACAUGAUAUCCUCCAUCGAUUCUGCAAGUAUCCUGCUGGUCAUUAGGGGUGAGGCCACAGGCUCUGCUGCCCCAUCUGAGAUCAACAUUCGACGAGGAUCUGUGCUGUUCAUCGCAGCCAACGAGGGUGUUGACUUGUGCAUUCGCUCAAUGGAUGGGAUGCUUCUUUUCAGAGCGUGCUGCAUGUUGUAACCUCCUUCAACCUCCAUUCCAUAUCCUUGUGAUUAAAAAUGCACUGCACCGUAGUACUGUAGACCAGUGGACAGAUUGUGCUGGGGCGAUGUGUACGAAAGAGGUUAAUCUAUUAUGCAUCUGUGAUGAGAUUCAAAAUUUACAUUGUUAAAAUAUUUUAUUUGCUAAUCCUUUUUCCCUUGCUUUAUUUCAGUCGAGAUAAUAUAGUGUCUUUUGUUGCUUUGUCCUGGAACAAUAUGUUUGUUUUAGUUUUGAAGUGUUCAGUUCCACACAACCCCCCCACCCUCCCCAACUCAUCCAUCAGUUUGCUGAAUUAGCAACGUACAGCCUGGCUGUUUCACAAGGCUUUGUCAUAACGAUCUGUGGUCAGAAGCCACUUCGUUUGCUGGUGAACUUGGAUGCCCAACUCCUGGUUGAUGGGGGAAAGAACAUGUUUUUAAACUGUCCAAAGAAUAUUAAUGCUUUGGGAGUUGGAGCCAAAGUUGUUGCAAUACUGAGGUAAUGACCAGUGUUCUACUUCCUGACAUUUAAUACCUCAUUUCAGGACUGUUCAGCUAACCCUGUGAUUGUGUAAAAGUGACAGCUGCUAUAAAUCCUAACCAUCCUUUUAAAUAGAACAGGGCAUUAAGUUUCUUCCAAUAAAAGUUUCAGUGCGCUGGUGUUCAGUAAGGAUUCCUUCGCCUGUCCAGCUGUCUCAUCACACGCAAACCGGAUGGUGCACCAGAUUUUUCAACUUUAGGGAAUUGUGUUUUUGGAAACACUAUCUUUUGUUUGGAUCCUCCCCCGCCACCACCCCCUGCCCCUGACAAUUGUGUUACAAAUCACAAAACGUAUAGCACAGAAGGAGGCCAUUUGACCUCUAGCUCUUAGAAGAAGCUAUCCAAUUAAUCCCAUUUCCCUACCCCGAUAAAUGAAUCAUUUCAAGUAUUUAUCCAAUAAUAACAUCGUAGUGUUGAUUUUGUUUUUGAUCAUAUUUAAAAUCAUAUCAUGGUAUAUUAUUGGGGCCAUGAUGUGGAGGGUUUGUUCAAAUACUUUAGAUGUGCCUUGCAAUUCAGAAGAAAGGAUUUUUUUUAACUGCGCUAGAAUAUUCAGAUGAGAGGCUGUGCAAAUUUUGAGUAUUUCUCUGAAGCAUUAUGGCAACGCCUGUCUGACAAUACCUGUGGGAAUGGCGUCCCUUGUCAGCAGGUUUUCUGGCUAGAGUUACUCACCUGUUAGUUACGCUCCAGAACAAAAUACCUCCCGCCCUGCAGCCUGUGCAACACAUCUGGGGAUUGAACGCUGGCAAGUGGAGGGACAUCACUGUGAGGAGGAGGUAUAACUACUCAGUGUUCAACCAGGUACUGGAAUCACCUGCAUAAUUUUGUGUUGGGCAGGUGCCCCUCCCCGCCAAAUGCAAAAUGUAACCAGCGCUUAAGUGCCAGGGAGAAGAACUGUUCUUUGUUUGACAGACUAACUAGCAAUUAACUCUCUCCUUCCCGUUCCACAUUGUGUCAAAUCAGUAUCUGUGGAUUAACAGCAUUACUGCCAUUCUGUCCUUGAGUGAUUGCUACAGACAUAUCUAAACAGACGGUAUCGAAGGCAUGCUGCCUUGCACUACAUUUGCUCAUUUUAAUUACACAAUGAAAGUUUACCUCAGACCUGAAACAUAUGCUGCUGUGAAUUGAAGCUCAUUGUGUACUCUAGAAGUUGAGAGGCAGAGGAGGAGGAAACUGCUAUUUUAAUGAAGAAAUACAGUUAGACUAGAUUUAUUUUUCCUUCAGAGUUUUAUAAAGCUGAAUGAAUUACAUUAAACCUUUACCUCAAAUUGAGAAGUCAAGGAUCAUGGUGCAGGAGAUGAUAAAAGUUGAAAACUGUAUUAGCAUUUGGCUGCUUCAAGAAAAAAUUCUGAAGUUUCACAAAUUGGAAGGGAAAUGUAAAUUAAUCAUCUGUCUUCCACUUUGAGAUGUGAAUCUACUGCUUAGUCUUUUUUUAUAUUGGAACUUAAUUUAACAUUAAAAAGUCUUGAACUGAUCUGAGUCAGCUGCCACUGAAUUGGUAAAAAGACAGAUAUGAUUGCUAGAAGAUAGUUUAUGGAGAGAUAAGGGAGUAGAGGAAAGAUGCACGUUAGGUACAAGGGACUUUGGUGCUUCUGUAUGGCAGAGGGAGAAUUUCUCUGCAUAGCAGACCUAGAUGCUCUAGUGCAAGCCAGUGUUCCAGAAGUGUCCCCCCACCCCCCCUCAUCCCCCGCCAAGUUAGAGGCCUGUAUUUUGGGCUUCCACCAGCAAGUGAUCUCCGAAACCUAGAUUGCGGCUCCUGGUGUGCUGUUGGGAGAUAUAGUCUACUUCCUUGCUACUGCUUUGUUCUGGGUGCAGGAAUACAGUAUGCCUACAGUUGGAGGGCACAUUAUCAAUAUACAAGCAUCAUUAAGCUUUGGCUGCUAAUUGUUCAGUUGCCAGCUGCUUUCUUGGCUAAUGAUUGAUCAGUGGUUGCUGAUCACAACUAGAAAUGUUGGCAAAUAAAAAGGAAACUGCUGAAAAUGUGAACUGAAAUUAUAAAACGGUAGAAAAUCUGAACUGUUGUUCAGCUGACAUCAGAAAAAAGACAUGCAAAAGGAUUGGGAUUUUACAUAUUCACCCUUCAUUUGCUGGUGGAAACAUAGGUGGGGAGGGAUAGAGAGCAGAUUGUCCAGCCACCAAAGCAAGAGGAAGUUAAUGGUUAAAUGAUCUGUGAACUGCUUAACAUGGAAGCAAGAAGUAAUACCUAGUUUGACAGUAUUUACAGCAUUGAAAGAGACCAUUUGAGCCAACUGGCUUAUGCUGGUGUUUGUGUUCCACAUGAGCUUCUAUCCACCCUUCAUCUGAUUUCACCAACUCAUUUGUUCCUCCUCCGUUUAGGUUUAAAUGCAUCUACAGUAUUUGCAUGAACUGCUCAUUGUGGUAGUGAGUUCCACAUUCCAACCACUCUCUGGGAGAAGCUCAUCUUGGUGAGGCAGUGAAAGGAAGAUUAGAAAAUUGAAGUAUGUGCCAAUAACUAGGGUGAUUAAAAAUUAAAUAAAGUUAUGUACAGGAAAAUUAAUUCCUCUAGAUCUGGACAGACAAAAAUGUUAAUGCAGUGGGUUCCACCGUUGCCCCAAACCCCCCACUCCUCUUGGCAAAACCACCACUAGAGCUGUGUUCUGGCAAAAAGUCUCGAUCCACCUGCCUUUUCACCCAGCAGUUCCAACAUUUGUUUUCUGUUCAUCAUUACAUGCCUUGAAUUAGCAGUUUCCAAGUUGGCCUGCUGUCAAUGGAACCCAGCCUAAGGGAGUGAGCUCUGAACAAGAACUGAGACGCAGGUUUGAAGGCAUAUUGAGUACCACCAGUGUUAAUGGGCAGGUACAUUCUUCUGGUAGAUUACCAGUAUUGUAAAAGCAGUUGCUUGUCAGACACUGACUGUUUUACCCCAGCUGUCUGCUCUGUAGUUGUUUUGCAGUCCCUCAGGCUCAUUUUUCCAACUUUUGUAGGCUGCUGCUUCUACUCUUGAAUGUUUUACACUUGGGGUUUAAAAACAAAAAUAAAAUACAAUUCUCAAGGAAUGUGCUUGUUCUACCCUGUGAGCUUUGGUUGGUAAGUGCUGCACUUGGUGUGGAAUUGAGGGACAGAGACCAGGAAGGUCUCAGCGUUGAUCCAUAUGCUGCGUUGUGUCCUUCAGCUGCUCUUGGCUGAUGCUGGCAAUUAAGGAUGUACUAUUACUGGGGCAGAAAAUUAGAAUAGCACUCCCAACCCCAGUUGCUAUCUGGUGCACCUGUAUUGAAUAUAGGCCCAAGUUUGCCCUUGAAGCCUGCCCCUUACUGAUCUGCCACAUCUGUCGAUCUGCCUCCCACCACAUUGAGGGAAAGAAACUGCAGCUAUCUGUUUUUUUUUAAACAUUCAUUCAUGGGAUGUGAGCUUUGCUGGCUGGGUCAGCAUUUAUUGCCCAUCCCUAGUUGCCCUUGAGAAGGUGUUGGUGAGCUGCCUUCUUGAACCACUGCAGUCCACGUGCAAAUAUUAUGGUAGUAUAUCGGCUAUGUUACUGCACUAGUAAUCCAGAGGCCCAGACUAAUAAUCCAGACAAAGUGAGAAUUUGUAUUCAAUUUAAAAAUCUGGAAUUUAAAACCGAUGUCAGUGACCAGGAAGCUGUCAGAUUGUCAUUAAAACUCAACCGAUUCACAAAUGCCCUUUUAGGGAAGGAAAGAUAUAAUUGCAUUAGAAGCAGCUCAGAGAAGGCUCACUUGACUCAUUCCUGGAAUGAGGGGCUUGGAAGCAAGUUUGAACAGGUUGGGCCCAUACCCAUUGGUAUUUAGAACAAUGAGGGGGUGAUCUUAUUGAAAGAUAUAUGAUCCUGAGGUGAUUUGAUAGGGUGGAUACCGGGAUGUUGUUUCCACUUCCGGGGGAGACAAAGCCGGGGACACAAUUUAAGAAUAAGAGGUCUACCGUUUAAGAUGCAGAUGAGAAUAUUUUUCUCUGUGGGUUGUUGGUAUGUGGAAUUCUCUUCCCCAGAAAGCAGUGAAGGCUGGGUCACUGCAUUUAUUCAAGGCAGAAUUAGACAGACUUUUGAUGGUCAAGGGAGUGUCGAAGGUUAUUGGAGGGGGGGGUCAGGCAAAGUGGAGUUGAGACCACAACCAGAUCAGCCAUGAUCUUAUUGAAUGGCGGAGCAAGCUCGGGGCUGAAUGGCCUACUCCUAUUCCUAAGUUCCUAUGAAAGCUGCGGUCCUUGCCCAUUCUGGCUCAUACAUGAUUCCAGACUCUCACCAAUGCCUAGCAAAACACUCAACUGUGUGUAAACUACCCAAUGGCAACUAGGAAUGUGCAAUAAAUACUGGCCUUGCCAGAGACCCUGUCAUCCCGUGAAUGAAUUAAAAAAAAUUAAAAAUCUACAUCUUUAAGAAGGACUGAAUGUGAAAACAGUGGGAGCAGCCAUUUUUGAGACAUCCAAGUCUGUUUAUCAUUUAAAGUCCUUGAAUCUAGUCGCUAAACAUGGAUUGAGGCUGGCCACAAAUGAAUACUCACUUUCUCCCCUUUUCCUCAUGCAUGGUGUUUAAGGGCUUAGUCAGAAUGGGGGAAGGGAAUGAGAUCAUUACCUGGCAAGCCAUAGAUGGUAUGUGGCCCAUGAAUUGCACCAAAAAGAAGCACUUUGCUGUUUAGACAAACCUUUGGUUUUAGGUGUAAAUUUGGUGAUCAGCGUACAAUGGGAUGAAAUGAUUAAGAAUAAACUGUAACAAAAAGUAUGUUCAAUUAUUUACCCAUGUUCUUAGCUGAAAAUUGAGAAAAAUGUUGAUGCUAGUGAUCAGCAUUCCUUCAUCCUGUUGUCAAUGUACAUGUGCAGUUCGAAAUAAAAUAUGUGAUGACUUUCAAA